AUGGCGGGGGAUGGGGGAUCAAGGAGAUGGCGGCAGCAGCGGCGGCGACAGCGGCCGAGCUGGCGGUGUCGGCCCGGGGCCCGACUCUACGCGAACCCGGAGGGGGAGGGGAAUCGCGUCCGCACGCGCCGGGCGAGGGCCGGCCCCUGGGGCUGCCCCUCCCGACGGGGGCAGGCCAGGAAGGCGGUGCCAGGCGGGAGGCGGCGGUGGAGAAACCGGCCGGUGGCUUCACUUUCGCUUCCACCCCGGCUCGGAGCCCCUCCACCCGGGAAAGAAGGCAACCGCCCAGCCGUCCCCAGCUGGCGGUCGCCCGCACGCGCCGCUCCCUUACCUGCCUCCACUAGGCGGCCGCGGUUCCGCCCUCGGCCGUCUUCUCCGCCUCGGACUCCUUUGCCCCCACCCCCACCCCGCCCCCCGGCCCCCGGCCCCAACCCCAACCCCAGCCCCAGCCCCAGCCCCAGCCCCAGCCCCAGCCGGCACAGCCCGCACAGCUGUCCCACUGCGGGCCUCUACCCACCCAGUUCGGCGACUGCCUGCCCCGCCCCACACCGCCUCCACCCCGCCCCGCCCUUCCACUCUGCUUGCGUAAAGGCUCACUUAGGUGUCCCGAAGUCGCGCCGCGGAGAGAUCCGUUUUCCGGGCGCGGUUGAUGGAGAAGUGGCCUUGCGCCGUCCCCGGGCUUCUUGUCCGGCCGCUGCAGCCUUCGCCGCGGAGGCCGGGAGGGGAAUGGUGAGCGGGGUGGUCCGUGUUCAUCGGCCCGAAAGGGGGCCGGGCCCGAGGCUCAUGGUGCACCGGGAUCCCACCGCCCCCUCCAGCAGCUCUCCCGCGGCAUUGCGCUGCCCGCAGCCAGCCCGGGGUUGUCACCGAACACAGGAGGGCGACGAACAGGGGGACAGAGGAGUGAGGAGAGGGCGGGGUGGGGAGGGCGGCCUCCAUAGCAACCGGCGCGUGGCACCCGCAGCAGGUUGUGACAUAAACCGCUGGGUGCCCACCUGUACCCACCUCCCGCAGAUUCCCUCCAGCGGGAUUCCAUUUCUCACCGCUUCUAUUAAAUAUAUUGGGGUUUUCAGGAAUUUUUCCUAAAAAAAUACCGUCUAAUGUUAAAGUGGGCCCUUGGUUCCCAGAUAUAUCCACACGAAUGAUAAAUCGGGAACGUGGGGUCGCAACCACAUGAAAGGAGCCGAGGAAUAUCUGGAACAUCACAAAGCAUCCUCAAUUCGCUUCGGAAAAGAAAAAAAGAUUUCAAUUCCAUGCUUCAUUUCCACCACAGUUUCAGUGAAUCAUAAACAGAAGCCGUUGAAUAGUUAAUUCAAUUCUGUCAUUCAUUGUCUACAUUGUCCUUAGAACUGUUAGAUGUUAUGCUGGUGUCAUGAACUUCGUUUUCAACUAGUUUACACUCUGGAGUGCCUAACGCUAUAAAAGAACGAAAAAUGGUAUUUGCUAAAGUGUUGCUUUUCAUAAACAUGACAAUAAUGAGGACAGGAAGUGAGAUGAUUGCAUUGCUAUGGGUUUAGAGAAAAUCUGAUGAAGGAAAUAGGUCUUCAUGUGCAUCUUAAAAUGACAAUUCCUAGAAAAAUACAGAAUUGUUUGUCCAAUGAACAGCUAAUUCCCUUUACCAAAAUACAACAUUUUGUAUUUUUGUUCCCUUUCUUCCAAGCAAGAAUAGUGGAAGCAGACCAGGAAAGCUAAUUUUAGCUUCACAUUUCCUGGGAGGAGAAAGAGCACUAGACAGGAGGGACACCAAAUAGCAGUAGUCUAGGUACUUUUCAAAUUCAUUUAUAAAAAUGGUUCUUGGAUUUCAAACUUCAUCUUUUUCACCUUAUGUCCAAUCAUAUCUCACUCAUUUUGACCCCUUUAGAAAAAAGUGUAUUUUCUGUUCAAUAGCGUGUUUCCCAUUACUCACUGGGAAUCCUUAACCAGAACUUAAUUUUGUGACUUGAAUUUUAUUUGCUUCAUUGUUCCUCUGGCAGCUUUACUCAUGCCCUAAUCCUAACAUGUUUGUGUUACUUCCUUAUACAUUCUAAGAAGUCAUUUUGGGGGUACGUGUAAGCAUAUAGUUGUUAGUAUGUGGAAAUCCAUAAAAAAUGUGGGUAUAACGAAGAUGUGGUUACCCUCUGAGUGUUAAGCUUAGACAAAUAAACUGUAAUGGCCAAAAGACACAAUCUGCUGUCUUGGCAGCAUUUCCUAUGAAAAAUUACUUGGUAUUUUUAUGGCAAUGUCACAGAUUUACUCAAAAUCCCUUCAGCUGUGUAAAUAAAAUAUCCUCAGCCUUUGGGUAAAAGGGGGAAAACUCUACAUAUUAUACAACUUGACAAACUUAGUCUGUUGCAAUAAUUUAAUCCAUUCCUUUACAUUUUGGUUAAAACACUUAAGCUUUUAAUAUGCCAUCUCUCUCAGUCUGCUCCUCUCAAAAUGGCAUCUGGAAGGAUAAGAGGGAGGACAAGGGACAGCUGACACAAACUUGAGACAUUAUUGGAGAAUCUCAGUCCUGACAUCUGCAAGGUCUCCUUUGAAUUUUUGCUGGACUAUUCUGCAGAGAGGUUGUUGACUCCUCUCUGAGAUGCAAUGUGUGCUGGCCAUUCUGCUGAUGGUGGUACCUGCUAGUAAAGACUACUCCUGCCUGCCUCAGCUGGGUCAAGGCCCUGGUUGAUUCAGGAUUCAGCUUCACCAACACUAUAGAACCCUAUGAAUCUCUCCUGCAGUCAUCUUCCAGUUCUUGGUCCUCAAUAUGGAAGGUCCCUCUUGCUCUGCUCUCAACACAGCUACUGUCCAUGGCAUCCCUUGGGGCCCUCUACACACUCACUCUGGGAGGGAAAGUCAUUCCUUCUAAACAUC